CCCAUGUUUUGGUCACACUGUUUCGUGGAGUAUUAAAAAACAAAAAUAAAAUGUAGCUGUGCUGAAGAACCAUGAGCUCUAAGCGUAAAUUAACCGUGGAGACCGACGAUCAGCAGGAGAAUAACCCUGGAUGUGCUGCUCCAAGGAUUAAGCAGCACAUAAUAGCAAAAGAUUUUGGCUCAAAAAGGAGUAUUUUGGUGGAGUCUGCAUCCCCUCUUCGCAGGAAUACUUCGUCCAGAUUCGAGACAAACUGGCAGGCGCUGAAAAAGUCCUUAAUCAGCAGCAGUCAACCGGAUUCUCCUGGGGAAACCAGUUUCUCCACCUGCUCGCAGCUUCUGAACACCAGUUGGCCGGGAACGAAACGAAGAGUCAAAGCUUUGCCCAUCGUGCUCCAAAACUCUCCAAGGACUCCUCCUCUGGUUUCGAUUAAUGCGUCCAAGCCAUCCUCCUCGUUCCAGACUACAUGGAAAGCGUUAAUGAACGAAUCAAGCUGCACAGAUUUGUCCCAAGAUAGCUCCUCAUCAUCGCCAGUUACCCAACUUGUUCCGGAUCAAAAAGCCAAGCAAUACCUGCCAAAUGGCCAAAAGAAGGCCAGUUCAAAGCCAAACUUGCGAUUUGCUAGAGGAGGAUAUGUGGAUGACUUCCAGAGAUUUAUGAAAAAUGAGCGCAUGGAUCAGCGACACCUGAAUAACAGAAAAGCCACACAUACGGCUGAAGUUCUGGCUAUUUCAAUGGAGUGUGGUCUUUCCAUGGCUUUGGUAGCACCUGCAGGCGGGACCAACUUUAAUAUACUACUUCAAAAGAAGCAGUCAGGACUGCUUAAAGUUGGCUGCAGAAUACAAUUUUAUCUGGAGCCAAACGCUAAGCCCUUGCAGUUAAAAGACAAACAAUUGGUCUAUAUUCGUCCUCACAAUAUAAUUGUAUUAUAAAUAUAAGAACUCAAAGCUUAAACUACAAAUAUAGAACUCAUACGGGAAU